AGGCUGCAUGGAGCUCAGCAGGAGCAGGGAUGGUUUGGUAAUCUGACAGCUACAUGUGCUUUGACCUGUUGAUGUGUUUCUGUCAAACAUUAUACUGAUGUGUAUUGUGUUUGUGUUUGAACGGUCGCUGCUUUGGAACUUUGACCAGUUGCUGCCGUGAGUUGUUAAAAGUUGUGCCACGCAAAAUCUGAGCAUCUGGUUGAUAAUUUUUUUAUUUAUACUGAGUUUAGUCCUAGAUAAGUUACUGAGUUUUAGAUCUGUCUUUAGAGCUAAAUGAACUGAGGCACUGUCUGAAACCCUUGUAUAAAUCACAAAUAUAUGGAGGCAAAUAACUCUCAGAUCGGUGGAUCCUCAGUUAGGAAGAUCAAUGAUCGGGUCAUUUUUGUUCAGGUUUUGGUGGCACUUUUCCUUUGCAUCAACUUUACGCUGGUCACAACUUUUUUUAUGAAGGAUUACUUCUACACAACCAUGCGGUAUAUCUUAUUUGCUAUUACACUAUUGUCUGAUUGUACGUUUCUGUUCCUGACAGAUACCCUGCUUGUUAUGAGCUAUUUUUAUUUUGCCAUAGAAAUGUGGCCGUGUCUUAUUAUGUUCAUCAUGUUGUCUGUGUACACUUUUGUCACACCAGUUACUCUGACAGCAAUGACCCUGGAGCGCUACGUGGCCAUUUGCAUGCCCCUCCGACAUGCAGAGCUGUGCUCCACACGCAGCGCUCUGUACUGCAUCCUCAUCAUUCACGGCCUCAGCUCUGUACCCUGCAUUAUUAUUCUGUCCAUCUUCUUUUCAACUGCCACCUUGAGCAUUUUCAGACAAAACAACGUCUGCACUUCAGAUGUUUUCACCCAUCAAACCUGGCAGCGUCAUUUUAGGUCAGCUAUCAGUCAGUUUUACUUCUUGAUCAUGUUCAUUAUUAUUGUAUUUUGUUAUGUUAAAAUAAUGAAAGUGGCCAAAGCGGCAUCAGGUGAGAAUAAAAAGUCCACAUGGAAAGGGCUCAGAACUGUAAUUCUUCAUGCUUUCCAGCUGCUGCUGUGUCUCACACAGAUGUGGUGCCCGUUCAUAGAAGCAGCUGUACUUAAAAUCAAUUUCAGGUUAUUCAUUGAUGUCAGGUACUUUGAUUAUAUCAUGUUUAAUCUUGUUCCAAGAUCUCUGAGUCCUCUUAUUUAUGGACUCAGGGAUGACAAGUUUUUUCUUGCGCUGAAAUACUACGCUUUCUGUGGCUUUGUGAACAACCAAUCCUUAGAUUUGACAAAUUAAAACUAUCGUUCUCACAUGGUGGCCAGUUUGUUUUUAAGAUGUGAUUACAUUGCUUUGAUUAGUACACACUGUAGUCCAUGAGCCAGUAGGGUUGGUCAGCACCAUCAGAGGAGUAUAAUGCUUGGUGGUGACUUUUUGCAUGAUACACAUCUCAAGAGCUAGCAAAUGUGAUAGUAUACAUGUUCUGUAUUU